AUGGAAAAUCCGUUUCUCACCUUCGUAAUUCGAUCCGAAAGAGCCAAUCUUUUUCGAAAAAUCAUUGAUGCCGAGUCUCCCUUAUCUCCUGAAGCUACCGAUAGAAUUCUUGCUACAAUCAAAUCGGAUGGUUUUCUACUAGAAGGGCUCACGGACAAAGAAAAGAGGCAAAUGCUUGCUCUAGCUCACCAUAUCUCCGCCACACCUUGGCCAUUUCCACCUGUGUCAGCCGCUGUCCCAGAUUCCAUCCCUCCCGGUCCAGCGACUCUUGCCUCUCCUCCGACAGUGGUACUUCCUACCCAUUCUUCACCUUUAAACACAUCUAGAAAAAUUGAUUUUGAUGUAUCUUUGCCUGCUCAAUUUGUGUCUCCCCUCUCUCAUGAUGUUUUUGAUGUUCAAAAUCUGCCUGUACCUGGUGAUCCUUAUGAUCCUUUGUCUCACAAUUUGCCUAGGGAAAAUGUUGAUUUAGUUGCUUUAUCUGACUUAGUAAAAUCCUUGCCAUCUGCUUAUUCCAUUCGAGAUGUUGCCCAACAUGUGUCUGUUCCAACUGUGUCAUGUUCAGCCUUUUCUAUUCCCAUUACUAUUGCUGCGUCUGAAAGUCACUCUGAUCCAAUACCCAUUCCUGUUUCAUCUACUCAAGAAUCGGUUCCCAUAAUAUCUGUUCCUAUUGCUAAAACUUCCCGAAAGGGAAAAGAGAAAAUAUCUGUUUCAGGUACUGCAGAAAAGAGAGGAUUGUCUCAAUUGGACAAUGUUGAAACUCAGACUGACCGGAAACUACAACGGCGUGGUUCCACACUGCCACCCCGCACCACUAGGUCACGAGCCGAAGCUGACUCAUCUGUUGCUCCUACACCAUCCGGCUCCAAAUCGAAAGGAUCAAGCAAGGUUUACAAGCCACAUCUUCUGUCCCCCGAUUUAUUUGCGGUUUGGAAGACUCAUGUCAUCCGUGUUUUCAUCGUUGAAAAAUCUAUCAAUGAAGAGGACUUGGCUGCCAAGUGCAAUAUUAUCCCGCUGCUGCGUGAUCAACAUUUGCUAGCCUCUCUACGCCACAUUGGUCCAUACUCCACAUGGCUGACAGCAGAAUUUUACACAAAUUUGACUUUGGACACAUUCACUGAAGGAUCGGCUCGAUUUCAUCAGGUUUUCAUUCGUGGCACUUGGUAUCCAUUCGGGCCAACUGAGAUCAAUGCGUAUUUGGGCACGCCUAAUCAUCCUGUUUCUCCGGAUCUUAGCCCUCACUUGUUGGCCGCAGCUCUCACUCAUAAUAAAGUAGUUUCAUGGCCGAGUGAUGGACUUUCUAGCUUGAAGCUCACAACAUUUUACUCCGUGCUUCUCCGCCUUGCUUCAGCCAAUUGGGUCCUAGCAGUCCGUCGCCACCUAGUUCCAGAACAUCUCGCUGGCCUACUCUACAAGAUCAGGAACCGUCUACCAUUCAAUCUGGGAAUGGUCAUAUUUUCUCAUCUUAUGUCUUUUUUGCAGAAAAAGGAAGCAAAGAUCCAUCUCCCUUUCCCGUGCUUGAUUUAUGGGGUACUCCAAGACCACGGCUUCAAACCCUACAAGGAAGAAGUGAUUACAACUACGGACAAUGUGUAUAUCUUUGAUGAUCGACUUACACAGAAGGGCCAUUAUGAUGAUCGGGCUUCUCUUGAUCAGCUACCUGCUGUUCCACCUCCGGCGCCACUAGUCUCUGCCCCUGCUUCAUCUACUGACACUGCGUCAACAUCUCGUCCAGGCUCAAGACUGGUUCCCAAAGAACCCCCAACACUGGUUGAUCGUAGGCAGAUUGUGCUCACUCUUGAGGCCUCUAUUGCUCAGGUUCAGCAAUCAGUUGCUUCUCAACAAUCCACCAUCUCGGGUCUUGCCAAUCUCCGUGAUGCACAGCUCCAAGAAAUCGCCCGCAUGGAAGCUAUUCACGCUCAGAUUAUAGCUGACACUAGGGCUGCAUCAUCAGAUACUGACUCUGAAGAUGAAGAAGAUGGUUCUGACUCAGGCACCCCGUCUGCACGGUAA